UUGUUGCAAACGUGUGUUACAUCCAUACACACACUUCCACGUGCGUACUCGUGAUGCCGCGUGCGCGUUUAAUGCACGGGCUGGUGGCGCUCCUCCUGUGGUUCUGUGGGUCGCGCGCGCUAAUGAGCGGCUGUCCGGUCCGAUGUACCUGCGAGCAGGACGGGGUGUAUAUGAGAGUGGACUGCUCGGACCGAGGACUCAUCUCACUCCCGGAGUCCCUCAGCGCGUACACCACUUACCUCGAUCUGAGCAUGAACAAUAUAAGUCAUCUGCCCAGCAACGCUUUCACCACACUUCACUUCCUGGAGGAGCUGCGACUAGCGGGAAACGAUUUGAUGGACAUACCUAACGGAGCAUUCGAUGGCCUUGUUGAACUCAAAACACUAAUGCUCCAAAACAACCAGCUUCAGGAGGUCCCCCGGGAGGCCUUUAAGAGCUUGCAGAACCUUCAUUCAUUACGAUUAGAUGCCAACCACAUCUCCACAGUACCGCAAGGCUGUUUCGAUGGCCUGUCCUCCUUGCGGCACUUGUGGCUGGAUGACAACGCUCUGACCGAAGUACCAGUCAAUGCCCUGCGUACGCUUUCCUCCCUGCAGGCGAUGACCUUCGCCCUCAACAACAUCACUCACAUCCCGGACCGAGCAUUUGCCAAUCUUUCAAAUCUGGUGGUUUUGCAUCUCAAUAACAACAGAGUGCUGUCACUGGGAAAACAGAGCUUUGAUGGACUACGGAGCCUGGAGACUUUGGAUUUAAACUACAACAGUCUGGAGGAGUUCCCCAUUGCUAUCAGGACCUUGAGGACCUUAAAGGAGUUGGGCUUUCACAACAACAACAUCAAGUCCAUCCCUGAGCAGGCCUUCAUCGGAAACCCUUCUCUCUUAACAAUAUUCUUCUACGACAACCCCAUUCAAUUUGUCGGUCAGUCCGCUUUCCAGCACUUGCCUGAGCUCAGAACACUGUCAUUAAAUGGAGCAGCGGAUAUCACGCAGUUCCCAGAUCUCACAGGCACACAUAGCCUAGAGAGGCUCGCUAUCACGGGUGCGAGAAUCACAUCUCUGCCUAGCGCAGUGUGCGAGCAGCUUCCCGACCUACAGAUGCUAGAUCUUUCCUACAAUCGGAUCCAAUCCCUGCCCAGUCUGCAAGGCUGCAAAAAGAUUCAAAAGAUCGAUCUCCAUCAUAACCAGAUCCAUGAGCUGCGAGCAGAUACGUUCCGAGGUCUACCUUUACUCAAGUCCAUAGGCUUGGCCUGGAAUAAGCUGUGCACUGUGGACCCGCUCUCAUUCUCAGAGCUGCCAGCUCUCACCAAACUUGACCUGACGUCCAAUCACCUAUCGUCUCUGCCGGUGGUCGAGAUUAAUGCGUUGACUCACCUGAAACUGGCUGGGAAUGCAAACCUCCAGGAGCUCAUUUCGGUAGAGAGAUUCCCCAGACUAAGGGUCAUGGAGAUGCCUUCUGCGUUCCAUUGCUGUGCUUUUCUGGACUGUGAGAAGAAUGCUGCCGGUUGGGAGAAAGACAAGAACAGCAGCGGCAGUGAAAUGGGAAGGAAAGGUGGCGUUGUCUUUAACCCAGGGGAUCAUGAAUUUGAGGACCUUUUUCCAGACCUUGAAGAUGACACAUCGUCUCACCACUCAAUCCAGUGCUCCCCUGCCCCAGGCCCGUUCCAGCCAUGUCGGUAUCUGUUUGAGAGCUGGCUGGUCCGCUGCGGAGUUUGGAUUAUCGCCGUCGUGUCUCUGUUUGGCAACGUCAUGGUGAUGGUAUCCGUCUUUCUCUCACCGACAUUUUUGUCUCCUGUGAAGCUCUUGGUGGGUUUGCUAGCGCUGGUUAAUGGAAUGACCGGACUGUGCAGUGGAGUGAUGGCCCUUGUCGACCUGCUCACCUUUGGCAGCUUCGCUACGUACGGCGCUAACUGGGAACGCAGUGCGAGCUGUAAGCUUACCGGCUUCGUGUCGGUCUUUGCAUCUGAGACGGGCAUUUUUCUUUUGACCAUGGCUGCUGUGGAAAGAAGCUUCUCUGUGCAUAACGGCAAAGCGGCAUUGGAUUGCGGAGCAUCGAAGGCACUGGUUAAGCUAGCCGUGCCGCUUUGCUUCGUCCUGGGAUUAGCAAUAACCUCGGUACCUCUCCUGCACAUUGCCGAGUACGGUAUAUCAUCACUCUGCCUUCCUGUUCCUUCUGGAGAACAUGCCGGUUUGGGUUUGACCGUGGUUCAAGUCCUGCUCAACUCUUUCUGCUACCUGGUCAUGACCGUCACCUACACGUGUCUGUACUGUAGCUUGGAUAAAGGGGAGCACGAUAAGCUCUGGGACUGCUCCAUGAUCCGCCACGUGGCCUGGCUUCUGUUUGCCAACUGCGUCCUCUACUUCCCGGUAGCAUUUCUGUCAUUUUCCGCCCUGCUGAAAAUCUCGGCCGUGGGCCCGGACGUGGUCAAAUCGGUGCUGUUGGUGGUUGUGCCCUUACCCGCCUGCCUCAACCCCUUGCUUUAUGCCCUCUUCAACCCCCAUUUCAAGGAGGACCUGGGCCUCUUGCUCAGGCGGACCCAGGUGAAGCUGGGGAGGACCCAGCACCUGAGUUUGGCCUCACUCCAAUCGGACGACGCCGAAAAGCAGUCCUGUGACUCCACACAAGCUUUGGUCUCGUUCACCAGCUUAAACAAAAGAGCAGCAUGUCUGGCCCAAGCCUCCAAGCCCCCGCAUCUCACCAUGCACUGCGUGUGUACGUCUUAAAGCCACAUGUGAACGAUUUUUCAACACAACACUGUAAAAAUGUAAAUGCAUGAACGUGUACGUUAUUGCAAUCAUGAACAGACAAGUGGAUAUGAGGAGUCCUAUGAUGUCAUAUGCUUUGUUCAGACUAAGAACAUGGUCAUAACUGAUGGAUAAUCUUUGAGUCUUUGUUUUUCCAUAUUUCUUGUCUACACAGACAUACACACACUUCUCCUUUGUGAGAACACCCCUUUUCAACUGACAUUGUAAAUACACUGUAUCGACCAAAGUUUGUGGACACCCCACCAUAAGAUUGAUGUGUGCUUCUGGGAUGUCCCAUUCCACAUGGUGUCCCUGUAUCUUGUUAAUAAUAACCUCCACCCAUUUAGGAAGAUGUUGUGCUCAUUCAGCCACAGUUAAGCAAGGUAAUGGUGUAGGUGUGGUGACGAGGCCUGGGGGUGCCGUCAGCAUGAAAAAUCCAUCUCAAAUCCAUCCUCUUUAAAAGGGUUUCCAGCUCUAUAGCUCUAAAUCUUCCACUCCAAGCCAUGUAAUCAUUAACACAUACAAUAAUAAUAAAUCACAUCAACAAUGACAAUUUUCACAGAUUUGUGGACGUAUCUGAAAGAGAUGGUUGGGAUUCAUUUUCGGCUUUUUUUUCGGUGUCACUUACUGACUUUACUGUAAAAUGCAUUUUUUUAUAUUCAUCUUUGUUUUUAUUUAUAUGAUGUUUAUGUUAAUAUGAAUGUACUGUGUUGAUGUAAACUGUGUACUCUGCGCAUAGGGAAUCUAAAAGAUGUAGAUAUGAGAAUGAUG